AAUAUGAUCUCUAUCUGAAACUUACUGCUUCUGAGCUUCAACAUGCAGGAGGAAACAAAAUGAAACUCUGGGUGAUCAUAACAGUGUCGGUUUCUCUAUCAGUUCUUCUCUCAGGGAGCUUUCUAUGUUGUCGCAUGCAAAUUCUCAAUCAAAAAGGGAAGAAGGAUUCAGGCGUAGAUUUAUUAUCAUUUGAUUUUAAUUUAAGCAGUAAUGCAUCAGACAAUGAGUCAAACACUACAAACAAUCCAAGGAAAGGAGGGGAGAAGGAAGUUGAGUUACCGUUGUUCAGUUUUGCAAGUGUCUCCAAAGCAACAGAUAGCUUCUCAGAAUGCAAUAAGCUUGGAGAGGGAGGAUUUGGACCUGUUUACAAGGGUAUAUCACUUGGGGGACUAGAAGUAGCAGUGAAGAGACUUUCGAAAAGAUCUGGACAGGGGCUGGAGGAGUUCAGAAACGAGAUAACACUAAUUGCCAAACUCCAACAUCGGAAUCUUGUUAGACUUUUGGGGUGUUGCAUCAAAGAAGAUGAAAAUCUAUUGAUCUAUGAGUACAUGCCCAAUAAAAGUUUGGAUUUCUUCCUGUUUGAUCCAAACAAGAAAGAGAUGUUAGAUUGGGGAACUCGUAUCCGUAUCAUUGAAGGGAUUGCGCAAGGGCUUCUUUAUCUACAUCAGUAUUCAAGGCUGCGUAUUAUUCACAGAGAUAUGAAGGCCAGUAACAUUUUAUUAGAUGGCGAAAUGAACCCAAAAAUAUCUGAUUUUGGCAUGGCACGGAUAUUUGGUGGCAACGAGGUGCAAGCUAACACAAAACGGAUUGUUGGAACAUAGUAAGUAUAAAACACAAAUUAUAUAUACUGAUGCACAAAGAGAAAUUCAGUUACCUAAAAUCAUUCAGCUGAUAUUGAAAUUUAGUGGCUAUAUGGCUCCCGAAUAUGCACUGGAAGGCCUUUUCUCUGUAAAGUCCGAUGUGUUUAGCUUUGGAGUGUUGCUUCUUGAGAUUCUGAGUGGGAAGAAGAAUACUGGUUUUUAUAACACUGAUUCUCUCAACCUCCUUGGAUUUGUAAGCUACCAAAAUACCUUUUUUUCCUUUUUAUUUAAAGCAUUGGGCUUUUGAUGAUGUUAUUUUGAGCAUACUAACAUGCUCAUAACUAUUUGUUCAAUAUGUCUACAGGCAUGGGAGUUGUGGAACACUGAUCGAGCAUUGGAAUUGAAGGAUCCAUCAAUGGGUGAUUCUUCUUCAUCUACAUUGUUGAGAUACAUUAACAUUGGGCUUCUCUGUGUACAAGAAAAUCGAAAUGAUCGACCCACCAUGUCUAACGUCGUCUCAAUGAUCAGCAAUGAACUUUCACCUCUACCAAGACCUAAGCAUCCUGCUUUUUCUACAAGCCGAAAUACUGCGAGGAACACAGAUUCCUCACAAAAUUGUUCAGUAAAUGGCCUUACAGUUUCCAUGUUGGAACCCAGAUAGGAAAUUUAUGUUCUCAAUUUGCAUGUGUUGGUUUAGUGGUCAAAAGUGGGGCGAAGAAUAAACAUGUCUUGAGAUCGACCACUGGCCACACAAACCCGGGUUUAACUGAUGCAUAUGGUCUACAGGUGAUGAUGUACAUCUGAGAUUUGCAUAACAGCCGUAAGUCUAGAGACUAUGAGAAGGAGAUGAUUCUUCCUUACCAAUGAAAUAAAUAAAUUCAUGUUCCCAUAC